AGUCUCACAAGUUAGGUUUCCCGGCAAUUUUAAAGCGUCAUUGGCAACAGUGCAGACCUAGCAGAAGUCGGAGGUUUUUAUGUCGAUAAGCUUGUGUAUGAUCUGAACCUCCAGGAUUUUGAUUUAUGAUGGGAGGUGAAAUCGAUUUCGCCGAUUUUCCGGACAACGAGGAGGUAUUACUGUAUCAACCUUGGGGUUCAAAGAUGGAGUACCUGGGACACACACAGACAGCGACCUACAUGACAGGCCCACGACUGGGGAGCAGCAAUACACAGACCUUUCUGCCAUCCAUCUCAACCAUGCAGUCCUCGUACAAAGCCUUUGACAACGCAGCUGCCCCCUCACAGCUCCGUCGUUCAUUGACCACACUGCCAUGGCGCCCCAGCACCUACUACCAGACUGCCAGAGUCAACCCUAGCUCCGCUCUCACUCGUAGCAUGCCCGAUCCAAUGUCUGCCAGAAAUCAGCUCUCCGAAUUGGACAGUAUCAAAGUGCCACCAGUCUUUGCUGCCGCACGAAACGCCCUAUACACACGAUACACACCCAACGACUGGAUGAAUUCUAAUCAAGGUAAUUACCUAUCCUCCGAUAGAGUUCGGUCCACUGCAGAGCGCCUUAGAUUAGACACAAUUCGCUUGUGCCGCGAAACAGAUGAUAAAACGCGCCGAACACAGAGCGACGUUGGAAAGCGUCUUGGCGAAAGGAUUGGGGACAUCACUUUCUGGAAGACGGAGUUGAAUAAUGAGACCGACAACAUGAUUGCAGAGAUAAACGCCUUGCAGGAGGCCAAGCGAGUGCUCGAGAAGGCGCUACAAGAGACGGAGAACCCUCUGCACAUCUCCCAGGAGUGUCUCUACCAUCGCGAGAAGAGGCAGGGCAUUGACCUUGUACAUGACAACCCGGAGAGAGAGCUCAUCAAGGAGGUGGACAUUAUCAAGAGGUGCCAGGAGCGUAUGAGACACACCAUUGACAGGGCAAACACACAACUAGGUCUGGACCGCGCUGCCCAACACGAGCUUGAGAAGGAUACGGGUGACAAGUUUGUUGCUCAGACCCUCGAUGAGAACUGUCAUGGUCUUCGUAACUCCUCCCGUGGCAUCGCCUAUCACAACGGUGUAGAAAGGGUCGACAAUACAGUCUCUGUGCCUGAGUCGUGGGCUCAGUUCACCAACAACAACAUCCAGCGGUCCCAGAGCGAGCGCGCCGCCUCCAAGAACAUGCGUAAUGAGAUUGAGAGCGUGCUGAACUCGUGCGCCAACGAGAUGUGGCAGGAGUGGAACUCUGUCAACGUGGCCCUCACCCAGCGCAUGCAGGAGACCACAGACGCCAGGAACAAGCUCCAGACACACCUGUCCAAGGUCCUUCAGGAGAUAUUUGACAUGGAGAAGAACAUUGAGUUCCUCAAGAAGGCGAUCCAGGACAAGGAGGCGCCCAUGCAGGUGGCCCAGACCCGUCUCGACACCAGGAUACGCAGACCCAACAUGGAGCUCUGCAGGGACCCUGUACAACACAGACUGGUUGAGGAGGUGUCGGAGAUUUCCGAGACGGUUGAGUCACUUCAGGCCAAGCUGCGCCAGGCAGAGAACACCCUGCAGCACUUGCUGCGCACGAAGGCCUCCCUCGAGCAGGACCUUUCUAUCAAGAAUAACUCGCUGUUUAUCGAUAGGGAAAAGUGCUUGGGAAUGAGAAAAACCUUCCCAAUGUCACCAAGGGUUGUGUCCCUUUAAAUUUAACUUUAUUAAUAUUGACUUUGUUGACGUCUGAGUGGUGUCACUUCAAUUUAAAACAAUCUUUAUAGGCCGUUUUUCAUCCUUUAUAACUUGGCGACAGUGAAAAAAAUUAUUGCAAUUUUUUGAGGGUCAGAUUUUGGUAUUUUUGUAAAAUUGGAAUAGGAUUAUAUGUUACACUUUAAUUAUUAUAUUAUACCGUUUUACUUUUUUGCUAUGUGAAUUAAAAUUGUGUACACAUUACUUUUUUGAGCCUAUAUACAUCCAGCAGUGCGAUUUUACAUUUAGGAUGCCUUAUACAUUAUAUAUAUAAAUGUUGAUCUUGUUUUAACCUGCCUGUAUUUUUUUGAACAUAUUUAAUUGUCCAUGUUUUUGUUACGUUUAAAUCAUGAACAAUAUUAAUAAAUUGGUUCUUUUGCUCAAGAACUGAUGUUGUUUUUGUUUUUGUUAUUACAUAUUUGUGCAAAUGUGAUAGAGCAUAAUUCCACGUAUCGUCAUGCUGUAUUGUAUUUUAUCCCAAUUGAAAUGAAACAGUAUUAUUAUUUGACUGUGAUUUUACUAACUUUUAUAGAAUGCCUUUUAUGAAAUGAAUGUUCCAGUAUUCAAUUUUAACCAUAAUCAAACGUUUUAAUAGCCACAUGAAUAGGGUCAUGUAGAAAUAUUGAUGUUUUAUCACAAUUGACAGCUAAGUGUAUUGAAUAAUCAUGAACUGGUGAGCUCUACUUGUUAAUGCUAUAUAGCCUUUUAGUCAUUUUCCAUGAAACAACAUAUAAUUCUAUUUAUGGCCUAAGUUAAAGGUAUACAUAAAUUUUAAAAUAAAUUUAGAGAAAUUAGAUUUUUCAUUGCCUUGAUAUCACCUAGCAGUAUUAUUAUUUUUGUGCACAUUUUUCAUGAUCGGGUUUGUGUUCACAUAUUCAUUGUAUAUUUCAGCAUCUGAUGCUUAUCUUUCAUUUACAUGUUUAGUUUUCCUGUCUGACUGUUAUUAUUUACAAGCUUUUUCCAUUAACAAGUCUGUGAUAUCUUUGUUGUACUGCACAAGUAGAAGUACACGUAAAACCUUGCCAAGAAAAUAUGCUAUAUUGAUCUGUUACAAUUUUAUAAAAAUUGUAAUACAAAAAAGCGAUAUAUAACAAAUGAGUGCUUUACCUGGCAUAAUUUUACCAAUUUUGUAUUAACUUAUCAAAUUUAAAUAUCAUGUUUGAAUUGUUCUUAUUUCUUAAAGUAAAAUGAAUGAUUCUCAUAUAAUACCAGCAUUCUUAACCCAUGUAUGCCUAGCGUCUAGAAAAAAAGCCGUGGCAAACAGUGUAGACCCAGAUGAGACGCCGCAUGAUGAGGCGUCUCAUCUGGGUCUGCACUGUUUGCUUACAGAAAUUUCUGUAAGAAAUAUUCGAAAUAUAGAAAUAAAUAUACUAGACAUCCCUAAUUUUGGAAAUAAAUUGAUCCAAUUUAGAAGGAUGGGAGAGACCACUAGGCAUAAAUUGGUUAAAUGAUAUUUUCCUUUCCUGUCUACCAUUCCCCCUGCUGUUUGCUGCGUGUGAUGCCUAUCUAUCUAUGUAUCUUAUUUUAUGUAUUGUUGCCCCCCUUCCUGAGAAUGAGUGCUAUAUCUGUUUCUAUGUGUAUGGUUGACAAUGUGAAAUAAAGUUGAUGCAGUGACAA